AAUAAUGGAAUUUUACAUGCAUUUUCAAAUGUUACAAAUGAAUAUGCUGUAUGUCAAUUGUGUUUGUAUAUUAAAGGCUUGUUUCAAAAGAAUCGAUGACAAUCUGACAAAUUUACGAGAACUCAUGCUAAAUAAUAAAUCGUAUGUUCCCAGACUGAUUUAUUAUCAGCAAAGGUGCCCACAUCUGUUGGAAGAAAUCAAGGCUCUGAGAAAGGAGUAUCUAAUGGUUAGCGAUACAGUGCAGAAGCUGAAUAUAAUUUUUAGUCCGCAGGUUCUUGCAACUAUUACCAUAGCCUUCAUCGAAAUUACUUUCGAAUUAUAUUCGAAUACGGUGCAGUGGCACAACGGCCUGUCUAUCAGUCUGGCUAAACAGAUUCAUAAUACAAUCUUAAUGUCCUAUUUAAUGUAUCUCGUUACAAAAGUAAUGUUAAUAGUAUGGGCCUGCGAGACCGGCAAGAAUCAAGCAACAAAAAUUGGCACUACUAUUCACGAUGUGCUUAAUACCACGACUGAUGAGCAAAUAAAAUAUGAGUUACAGCUGUUUUCCAUACAAAUAUUGCAUUGUAAUAAUACUUUUUUCGCGAAAGGUCUUACUGUGGACGCGAAACUUCUCACUGCGAUGGUAAACAGUAUUACUACGUACCUAUUAAUCUUAAUACAAUUUUUGGGUACCUCGCAUUCUUGCGACGGAAAGACCACAAUCAAUGGUACAGAAACGUUUUAAUUAAAAGAAAGUAUACAACCAAACAAAGGACUGUGUUAGUGAAUAUUGAACGUUUUUACAUAUGAAAUAUUUCAUUUUGAGAGAUGUUUCCUAUUGUUUUAAUAAAACAGUCACUCAAUCUCCCAUUUCUAUGGUAAUAUAUACGUACAGAUAAAAACAUAUGUUAAUUAAUGAGUACAAAUGAAACUUUAACAUUUUAUUUACUUAAUUAUAUUGGAUUAUAUAUAUUUCAAAGUUAUGAUAUAUAUCCUUGCCUGUAAGUAGACAAUUAUUAUUAAUAAUGCGUUGAAUACUGCAAUUCUAAUUUUGAUAUCGCACUUAAUAAGUUUCUUUUUUCCCAAAUAAAUUUCUAUUUUAUACGUGGCUCACAUAAUUCGCCUUGUGUGUAAUCCACAUU